CUCCUCGUGGUGGGACGAUACCGGAAGUGAAGUCAGAACGGCGGAACCACGACGUUCACUCAAUGGAAAGUUUGAGCUCCGUCGGCGCGGGCUGCUCCAAGGUGGCUUACACGCGCUGCUCGCUCUCUCUCUCCUUCGCGCGCGCGGAAGGAAAAUCUUUCGACCGGUGUGCGCUCGGCACUCGCGCGAACGCGAGUCACGCGCGAGCAGCCGCCGAGGAAAAGUCGCGUCGUCGGUCGGUGGUGGAUCAGUCGAAAGUGCGGCGUCUCGAACCGAGCUGAUUGGAUAUACUCGGGAGUGAAAGCCCUCCGGGAUUUAGGGAUGUUAAUAUUCUUUGACUGGGCCUCCGGCGUGGAAGGAAAAUUAAAAGAAGGACAAGGAACCGCGGGGAAAAAGUUAUUCGGAGAUCCGGGAAUAAUGUGAACUGAUGGGAGACUGAAUUUCAAGUAGCUCGCAGGACAUCGGUUUAAUUUGGUGUGUCGAGUUGACUGACGGAGGAAUUUCAUCGGGAUUGAUGAACAAGAAAGAAAAAUUGAACGCCCACGGAUUUGAUUCGCGGGAAUAAAUCCAACGAUCGAGUCCGCCAAUUAAGUGCGCCAUACAAGUGCGAGAGUUGUGUAUUCCGGUUGAAGAAAGCGUUCCGAACGCGAGUGAUAAAUUUGGGAAGAAGGUGAUAGAUCGAUUGGAAAGGGAAAAUUCGCAGCCGAAUUAAUGAAGGGGAAAAAAAAGAAUCUAGGAGAAGCAUCUAUUUGAUGUUGCAUUAUCGCGGCAAACAAAGUGCGUUUUAUUGUGAAGCGCCGGAAGUCUCGGGGAGCAGCAAAUAACAUCGUCGAGUAAUCAAGGCGGCGGUUGAAUAAAUUGGAUCGGGGAUAUUACAAGAACGGUCGAGAGACGAGAAGAGAAAAAGGGGCGGGGAGGGAGGGAGGGAGGGAAGAAAAAGGACGCACAAGGAAAGUCGCCAUUAGGCAAUGGCAAAGAAAAAGCUUUCUCUCCGCGUGAAAGAAGGGAGACGAUAAAUUUGCCAGGGACAUUGUACAUUAACUUCCAUUUCGGAAGCAGUGCGCGAAAAUCUAAAAGUGUGUCGUAUUCGUGAUAAAUUAUCUGGAAUUCCAUCUGGGGAAAAAUCGAAGGAAACGAUCAGGCGCUUCGUUCGGCGAUUCCCACCCCGAGGCAAAUACGCUGAAAAUUUCGGUUCGUCAGCGCGAACUUUUUCGUGGAAUAUAUAAAACGAACGAAGAAAAGUUAUUCCGCAGUCGACUCCAAAUACGUUCUCUUUUCGUGCGCAACCGCAUGAAAAAUAGAGGAGUUCUCGCUGCGACGAACAAUGAGCAUUUUCGCGUGAAAGUGACAAGAUGUGAUGGGCGGGCCUUUGAGAAAAAAAAAAGAGAUCCAUGUGCUUUUCGUCGGCGAGACAAAAGGUUGUCUGUCUGUGAAACGGAAGUCCGUCGCGAGGAGGAAUGCUAAUUAACCCAAUUCCUGCCGAAAUUGCGUUAACAAACCAGCAUGCAUUUUAAUCCGUCGUGUUAUCAGUCCGCUCGCUUCCUUAAUUACAGUGAAAUCAUUGUCUCGCGCAUCAGUUGCAAAAAGAGGCGUGCGGAACGACGUAAAUAUGAAUUAGUGUAUCUCGACGAGUGAAGCCAGUCAUCGUGCGAAGAAAUUAGCGAAACUAAUUCGAGAUAAACUGCUGCGACGUCUUAAUGAAGGAGAACUAAUGAACUUUGUAAUCCCGUAAAGUGCCCAGCGUGCCCGAGACGCGACGGCAGCUGGCAGUCUGUCAUCGCCCGGGACUCCCUCCCGUGCGAAAACAAAGAAUUUGCCGACGCGCGGCGAAAAGACUUUCAAUUUGUGCAAGAAGUCGCCGUCCUGGGUGGCCCACAAACCCGAGUCACCCAUCCGUGUACGUCUCUCCUCGUGCGCGCGCGAUCAGCACGCUAUACUUUUCUAUGAUCUGCGAGCCAGUUUAAAUCUUGAAUCGUGGACCGACGAUUAUAGUAAUCGACCAUGGGCGGGAGGACUUCAUUCAAGAACGCCCGUUAUUCGAAGCGACACGCAUCGGGUUGAGCAGACCCGCGGCCUGUCAUUGUCGAUAACUCGUUCGCUGAAGGAGCGGGGGCAGGGUUGACCAUCGAGGGUGAAAACAGGGGACUCGAAAUACACUUGUGGAAGUAUUUGUCAGAGAUGGUCAGCCAACACGCGAUGGCCACCACCGUCCGCAAAGUCAAGCAGGAGAACCGUCUCAGGCGGCAGAAUCAGAGCCAAGAUGAAGAAGGGCCUUACAAGCCAGUGCCACCACCGAAACCGGUGUCGAACAAUCAGAAGAGUCAGGACGUUCACCGGGAGCAGGACGAACACCGGGAGCAGCCGGUAGCCGAACGGCCGUCUUUGCGAACGACUUCCGGUCCGGAAAGGACCAACGUCGCGGAGAACGGGCAGGUUCGAAGCGUAGCCGGGCAGUCCUUUGCACCGGAAUACAGGAUGCCACCUUUGUACGGGGAGGAGCAGAGUUCGGGUCAGGCUCAACAGGCGGCCAGUUUGCAAACUCACAGCAGCAAGUUCCCGAUAGAACGCGAGUUGAUCCUGUCGUCGGGAGACAAAAAUUCCAAGAUCCCCAUUCUUCACGAGUACAAACAGAGGACCGCCGGAAGAGUCGCCAUCGCGCCGGAUGCGCCGAUCAAGCAACAGGCCUGGGUUCAGGAGGGAACUCAAAUGCAGGAAGUAAGACAGGACGGCCAAGCGAGGAACUAUCAGUCACAGGACGCCUACUCAUCUAGCGGAGCGGUGCCGAGGACGUCGAAGAUCGACGAGGAAAAAACCAAGUCACUCUCCAGAACUUAUCACACGAUUAAGGACAUGAUCUCGAGCCGCUUCGGGCCGAGUCGCAAGGACGUCGAGCCGGAACCGGAAGCCAGCCUGAACAACGUCACGGAGGAGCUGCGAAAGUCGAGCAGGAGCAUCGACGAUGACGAGGCCAGGAAGAAGGAAGGGAUUUACGGGAAACCUCGAGCGCAGGAGCCGUCGGUUAAUGUGCAACAAUAUUCGAAGAAUGCUUACGGUCAGUACGGCCACUCGUACGGCUAUCAAAGCAACCAGCAGAAUGUACCUUUACCAGGCCAACUGCAGCCGACCGCGACCAUUCAGCCGAAUUUACCAGGACAGAGCGCUCAGCUACAUGUGACCCACCACACACCGCCAGGAGGAAUUCAAACAGUUCAUCAAACCCAAGUUCCUGCUUUCGGCCAAACCACGACAGGUGCGCAGCAGGUGCAAAAUGUUACGAGGGAGUACAUGGUUCCGACACCGGGCGGUAUGACCGGACAGCAAAUACAUCAGGGAAUCCAUCAAAAUCCCACGCAGGCACAGGGACAAGGCACGCAAUUGCAAAAACCGCACGGUUUAUCCGUGCAGCAGCAUCAAGUGGGCAACGCGAUGCCGCCGACGAGCCCGAGCUUCCAGAGCUCUCAGCAGUUGCUUCAUCAGAAUCAAAAUCAUCACCAGAGUCCGCGAUUCGCGCAGCAGCACGCCCAGAACAUGCAGCAGCGUCAGCAGUUGAUCCAGCAGAUGCACCAGCAGCAAAUGGCCGGCCAGCAGGGCUCGCAGAACGCGAGCGCGCGAAACGUGCAGCAGUCGUACUUCCCCAACAGCGUGUCUUAUCAGCAGUAUCAGCAGGCGCGACAGGCGAUGUCCAGGUCGCAGAUCGAUCUUCCGAGCACGUCGAGACAAGGGCAGGAGCUCCGGGUAUCGGGUCAAGAGGGGGUCUACUAUCAUUACGCUCAAGGAAGACCUCGUUACGGCGUUCCCCAAGUGUACAUGAAGACCGAGGGCAAUCAGGAAACGGAGUUUCAGAGGCGAAACUCUGCGAAGGGUAUCGAGAAGGCGGCUUCGCAGCCGCAACUAUGUUACGAGGACGAGCGAAAUGCCGAGAUUUCGAAGAAUCCCGCAGAGAAUAUGAAGAACCUGACGGUAGAUCCGCUGGAUAAGGAGAGAUACGAGAUCACUGUGGAAGAUCGAAGUCAAUGUGAGCUCGGAAGAAACGGAUUACAAAGAAACGAGGAGUACCGUCCGGAAACUAGCUUCGGCAUUCGGAGAGACGAGACACGGACCUCGAAGAGGGAACAGGAGCAGGCAUCGUCGAGUCAAGAGGGAGGUCAGGAUUUGACGGAGGGAAACUCCGUGCAGAAGAGGAUCGAAGAGUUGCAGAAGAGAGCGGAGCAGGAGGGUCAUUUCAACUCCAAGCCACCAAAGGACGACGCGGACGGCUUAAGGGUCGGCCUGGCCACGAAAAUGAUCGGCGAGCCAUCGAAAAGGCUCGAAGGUGGACAAUAUAGCGGAAAGGAGCCCAUCGUGAAAUCAGAUAGGAAAGACGAUCUGGAGCAGGGUAUCGGCCGACUGAAGAUCCAGAAUCAGGGCUCAGGCUCGGAUUACGACAAGGCCGGCCAGAGUUCUUCGAAUGUCGAUUCCGGAAGGGGCUCCGCAGUCUAUUCGAGCGGAAGACGCCCGCCGCCCGAUGAUCAAACUUUGGCGCAAGUACAAGAUUCCGAAUGGGUGGACAUAGUGGAGUCGGAGUUGAGGAGUAUUUUGGAGCCCAGGGACGUUCCCGCGAUGGCGCACUCGACCCUGUCCGAAAGUGUAUCCUCGGUAACACCGCCUCUACCGCCGUUGUCACCCCAUGACAGCCCACGUACGCCGAGAAAUCGAUACUCAACGAGCGAUUAUGGCAAGGCUAUGGAAAAGAGAGGUUUCUCGAGCAGCACAAAACAUCGUGGCGCUUCGACAUCCAAGAAGGAAGCUGCGAAAAAGUUUUCUCAUCUUUUCGGAGUAGAAGCCGCCGAUUUAACGUCUACCACGACAGGACUUGAUUUGGAUUCCAUGUUAGAUAGAAGUGACUCCGAUCUCAGUACCACCGAUGCAAGGACAAUCAGAAAACAAUUGGAGGGAUUAGAAAAUAUGUAUAGCGAAGUACUUAAAUUACUCGGCGGGAGUGUGAAAAAGAGGCGGAAGGCAAGGGGACUCACUAGUUAUGGUUCGGUUUCGUCGUUGCCGACGUCCUCUGUGUCGUCGAGGCCUGUCACGAGGCAUCACGACAAACGUAGAUCCCACGUAAUUGAUGACAGGAUGAAGAAAGCCAAAGAUAUUAAGAGCAUCAACAAGCGUUUUCAGCGACUGGAGUCGCACGUGGUGACAUUGGCAAGAUCAGUGGCUCACCUGAGCUCGGAGAUGAGGACCCAGCAUCUGAUGAUUCAGGAAAUGGAGAGCAUAAAGUGCGAGAUUGCGACCCUCAGAACGCAAACGAACAUGGCGAUGGUGAGGUCGCAGUCACAGCCCCUGAUCAAGGAUUCGGAAUUGCCGGCGCUUUCGAAUCCCUCGAGAGUGAAGAAACUGACCAAGUUCUUCGGCACGGAGCCACCUCUCAUCAGACUGUUCCUGAGGGAACUUGGGUAUGAGAAAUACGCGGCUGCUUUUGAGAAAGAGAAGGUCGGGAUGGUGGAGUUGCCUUAUCUCAGCGAGGAAAGACUGCAGAAAAUGGGGGUUCCCCUGGGUCCGAGGCUGAGGAUCCUACAGGAAGCAAGGAUCUCGGUGUGCAAAGAUCCGAUUUACGUAGUAUAAGUUCUCCGGACGGCGCGCAAAAACGUUUCGCGACGCAAGCAGAGGGAAUCCGUGGAUAAAAUGCGGACAAAGAGGAAAAUGAAGAACGAAGGUCUAACGGGGAAUAUUCGUUUUGUGCCGUCGACCGAUGAACGCGUUAAGACGUUCCUCGAGGCGUUUCUCGCAAACGAACUCUCCAGCUCGAAAACGGUCUGUUUGAGCGACAGCUCUUUUACCCGUUUCAAUCGAUAGCUGUUUGAAAGCUGCUCUCACCAAAACGUUGAAAUUGUUUUGCUACGUCUUUAGGUCGACAGAUUUGGUCUGUCGCGAGUUCACCGCUGCACAUUACUAAUCCCAAGAGGCAAAGAGAUCCGGCAAUACGUAGACAAUUCAUAAAGUAAUAAAUUAACGUAGAAGCGCUUUUGUACGGUAAUAAUUAUAAAAUUUUGAAAAAUUAAUUUCUGGAGGCAAAUUUGCGGCGUUUAAAUAAAUGAAAACUCGAUAUAAAAAACGCUGUGAAUACAAAAAUCGAAAUGAAAAGCAUGCUUUACAAACGUUGUAUUGUUUAUUGUUACAUCAUAAACGGUAUUUAUAAAUUUUCCAAAAAUGCGCUACAUAUUGAUCGCUUCUCAGCUACUUUCGAACGUAUUUGUUUCGGAUAUAUUUAUAUGACCCAGAUAUUAUCGUAAUCAUUCCUAGAAUAUUUCGCAUUUCCUCGUUAUCGUAAAUCGAUAAUGCGUUUCUCCGAAUAUUGCGAAAUAAUUGGCUUACGAUCGAAGUUAUGCUUGAGAUUGAAAUAAAAACUUGAAAAAAGAAACGUCGAUAUUAUGAACUUUAGGUUAUAAACUCAAUGUUAUUUAUAAACUGUUCUGUUGCAUUAUCGAAAAGAUAAUAACGAAUGAGCACCAAGAAGAAGUAAAGGCUCGGACAUAUAAUUAUAUAAUAUUUUUAGAUAAUUUUUAGAUAAAAUAAAUUGCAAAUUUGACACAAGUUUACUGAGGGGACCAAUCAAAAUGUAAAUAUGACAUACUAUCGAUAUUAUCGGUGGUGCUAGGCGACCUAUCGUUCUUGUGUUGCACAAGAAAAGGAGAGCGGAGAUACAAAGAUGAUCCACGAGGAUCUUGACCUCUCUCUCGUAUCGUUCGUUAAAUAAUGAGAUUACUAUGUAGAUUUAGAUUAUACGUGCGGGUUGAAAGCCGACGUUACGGCACGCUCCGUGCGCGGUUAUUCGUGGCGCUGAUAAAAUCGACGAUUAGACCCGAGAAGAGCCGCGCACAUUGGGAACAACGAAUCUCACACAAGUAUGUUUGCCAAAGAGACGUACGGACAUCGUGUAAGUGGUAUGGCCGAGAUUUUUUCCAUUAUACAUAUUUCAAUAUAUAUUUUACAAUAUUUUUGUUUUCUUUUUUCGAUAACACCGCACGUUUUCGAAUAUCGAUAUCUACAAUUAUUGCAUUGCAAGAGCCAGCUAAUUCUGGGAAGGGACGCUGCUAUCUUCCGCGAACUCUCGGACAUCGUACGUAUGUAAAUGAAAUUUGUAAAACGUGAAAACAGCGGGACAAGAAAAAAAUUUUUUUUUCUUAUUGCUGGAUAUUUCGCAUUAAUUUAACAAGUCUCGCUUUUCCUUGAGAUAAAUACAGAUAAUUGAUACGGAACAAUUAGAUACAUCUAAUAAUAGUGUAAAAUGCAUUUUUUUUCCCGAUAUAUUAUUGGUCGCUUCAUAUUUUCAUUAUCCGAAAUUUCGGUCGCAUGGCAGCAUGCGCCGCGUUAUGUCGAUACCAAAGAAUCGAUACCUGUUCCCUUGUCGCGACGACGACAACGCAACGAUAAUCGCUACUUGUGAUCGCGGGUCACAGGACCGAGAAGACACGCCACUUUGAUACUUGAAUAAAAGAUGUAUUCUCUGUACUCUCAGUCGAGAAUACACGGAUUGUAGACGUAGAGUUAUUAAGCGAUAAUAUAUGUAUCAUUAAUGCAUUGUUUAUAAAAUGAUCUGAUUAUGUGCGACUGUACUUCCAGCAAAAUUUGCUCUGAUUAAUAUAUUAAGAAUGGUGGACAUAUUAA